GGCCAGCUAUUGAAGGCUCCACGGGAGCAUCUAGUGAAAGUCCUCACAGACGCUUUCCAGAAGUCCAAGCGUGACGCUGCUGCGAAAGCCUCUGAUCACCCAGACAAGCUCGCUGGUGCUCUUGAGUACGUGAUAGACGAAGUCGGCCACGAGUCGAAGCAAGCAUAUAAGGUCAAGAUGAGCAUAUGGUGCUCGUCUUCGCUGGAAGCGCUCAAUUCGGAAGUUUUUUGGCUGGUUAUGGAAGUGCGCCACAGGUGCGGGGAGCCGCUGCGGCACUUUAGGGCAGUGCUGCAAAAACAUAACGAAUAUGUCCGCACAACUGGUGCAGGUGCGAUGGCUCACCUUGUCUGGGGGCAGGCGCACGCCAUCCAAUCCAAGCUCGAUGCGCUCCUCGACCUCGAAGCUUGGAAAGAUGUGAUAUCAGAUAGCGUGCCGUUGGGGCUACUGGCUACACUACAUCAGAUGGUGAUCCACAUGGCCCUUCCGACAGCUGCCGACUUUCGGCGGCGCGUGACAGAUCGAGUGAACGAUUGGUCCUGGAAAUUGUUCUGGCUGGCUCGCGAGGGCCCCAGCGUCCGCUGUCGGCAUCGCGAGGAGGUCGCCCGCGAGCUGCUCGACGCCGGCGACGGCGACCUCGAUGCACAGGGCGGCGGGGCCAGGAAGGUGAGGGAGAUAUUCAAUGACAACAUAUGUCAGUGUGCUGAGACGGGCUUGUGCGAUGUGCAUUUCUGGGGCUUUCUCAGGAUGCUCACGAGAAUGUUUCAGUGUGAUUCAGAAGAAUUAGAAUCGGUCAAUUCCCAGAUCAAACUUGUGGUCAAGAAAGCUCCGAGAAUUCAAUUGCCCCUUCUGAGUUGCCGCGUGAACCUGUCCAAAGCGUGCGGUCUCGGUACUUCGGCAGCUAGGCAUUCCAAGUGGAGUUUGAUCGCAUCCGACGUUGCCGCAGUGAAGCAG